CCAGCGUCCCCCCAGCACAGCACAGCACUUCACUCGCACAGCCUGAGCUUGCGCCGCUACAGACGCAUGUGUGAUGCGGCGCGGUAGGCCUCCCAGGGGCAGCAGAACCCACCAGAAUGAAGACUACUGAAGAGAAGAGUGCAAGCACACCCCGUGUGAGGUUAGCUGUUCUGGGGCAGACCAAUGUCGGGAAGUCUGCCUUGACUGUCCGCUACCUGACCAGGCGAUAUAUAGGCGAAUAUCGGUCUGAUACUGAUCUACUGUACCGGCAGACCGUGAACGUCAACAACGGGCCAGUAGACGUAGAAAUAGUGGACGUGUCUGGAGAGUCGAACGAGAGGCCGCUGCCCGCGGAGCAGGUGGAGUGGUCGGACGCGUGCGUGCUCGUCUACUCCAUCACGGACCGGCGCUCCUUCGACUACAGCCAGCAGGUGCUGCAGCAGCUGAGCCAGGCGGCCAAGCCCACGGCCCUGCUCGCCAAUAAGGCAGACCUCGAUCACCUCAGGCAGGUGACUGAAGAGGAGGGCCGGCGGGCGGCAUCCGAGGGCGGCUUCGCCUUCUACGAGGUGUCCGCCGUGGACGACACUGCCGGCCUCUACCAGGCGUUCGACUCGCUGCUGGCCGAGUGCCGCGGCGCUCAGCAGCACCAGCCCAAGGCGCGCAAGUUCUCCGUCUCCAAGAUGCUGGGCACGUUGAUCGGCAAGCAGCAGCCGCAGCCGCCCCCGCCACCCCCGGGCGCCGCCCCCGGAGGGGGCACCGUCGUCGAGUUCCACAUCGCGGAGGCGCACGGGUCGCGCCGCCACAGCCGCAGGAUCAACCUGGUGGCCGCCGCUUCUUCGUGACGUCAUCCACCGCACCGCAACCUCUCCUCACGGGCUGCACGCAGUCCCUCGCUGGCCUCCCGGCGGUGUUCCGUUGCAGGGCCGGACCCGGUGCGGGAGCUUUAGGUCUCAACAUCUCGAGUCUAAAUUCCAGUCACCUCAUAGAAUGAGCGCUGUCUCAGUUCGGCGACCUUAGGAAGCAGCGACUUCGCUGAAGGCGCAGGUGCUUCGUUGAGGCCGAUUUUCUUCGCCGAGUCAUGUCUCACAGUAGUGAUUACCACUUCAUUCACUGCUGUGGCUUACGUGCACAGUUCUGAGCUGGAAAUGUAUUGUCACAAACACUACUGCACAACGUGGCUGACAGUAUUGCCUAACAUGUGUCUCCAAUAUUUCCGGUCAACAUUCCCGGCCUAUACAAAAGCCAAUAUGAAAUGUCUAUGACCUGUGGCAUAAGAAUAACAUUCUCAUAAGGCACUAUACGACAACUCAAUCCAGAAACAAAACUCUUUAGUGUCUGGCUGAAUGUGAUACGCUUCGCACUCAAUUUACGUAUGUAAACUAUUAAUCUCCAUAUGAAACUUCCUGGCAGAUUAAAACUGUGUGCCGGACUGAGACUCGAACUCGGGACCUUCGCCUUUCGCGGGUAGGUGCUCUACCAACUGAGCUAUGCAAGCACGACUCAGGCUCCGUCCUCACAGCUUUACUUCCGGCAGUACCUCGCCUCCUACCUUCCAAACUUUACAGAAGCUCUCCUGCGAACCUUGCAGAAGUAGCACUCCUGAAAGAAAGGAUAUUGCGGAGACAUGGCUUAACCACAGCCUGCUAGAGCACCUGCCCGCGAAUGGCAAAGGUCCCGAGUUCGAGUCUCGGUGCGGCACACAGUUUUAAUCUGCCAGGAAGUUUCAUAUCAGCGCACACUCCGCUGCAGAGUGAAGAUCUCAUUCUGGAAUCUCCAUAUGUUUUCUGAGUAACACGUUUUCUUUCCAUCAUGAUCGUCUGUUUUCAGAUUUACACAGGAGAACUCUUACAUGUGGUUACUUGUAUAAAUAGCAAUCACAUUUUAAUCUCUUUGUCGUUGUUGACGAUUGCAUGUCGUAAGUUGGUAGUCUAAUGUAUUUUACUAUGUGAAAGACUAUAGCCUUCCUCAAGCUACACUGAUUUUUACUGCAGCAUAAAAGCAGAAGUUGCGAAUUUCACUAUUAUUUACUUGAUUAUUAGUUUCCGGCUAUGACCCAUUUUCGUAUCAUCCAGAUAAUCAAGAAUGAUAUUCCCAAAACAUAGCAACCAUGUCGAGAUAACAAACAUAUACGCAAAAUGAAGUGGUGACUAAUAGUUAGAGAGCAUAUAGAUAACUAUAGAUAAGCUUAUCGCUAUAUUCUGUAACCGUUCAUCUGCACUUUGUUGUACGUAUAUUUUUGUUUCCAGAAUGUGAUUUUCACUCUGCAACGGAGUGUGCACUGAUAUGAAACUUCCUGGCAGAUUAAAACUGUGUGCCGGACCGAGACUCGAACUCGUGACCUUUACCUUUUGCGGGCAAGUGCUCUACCAACUGAGCUACCCAAGCACGACUCAUGUCCCGUCCUCAGAGCACUUGCCCGCGAAAGACAAAGGUCCCGAGUUUGAGUCUCGGUCCGGCACACAGUUUUAAUCUACCAGGAAGUUUUAUAUGUUUGUUAUCUCUACAUAGUUGCUACAUUUUGGGAAAUAGCUUUUUCGACCAACUGUAUGAUAUGAAAACGUGUCCCUGCACGGAACUAUUCAUUAAGUAAAUAAAAGCGAAAUUUGCAGCUUUGGCUGUUUUUCCACCGUAUUGGCUAACAAAAGUUGCUGCCCAGCAAUUACUCCAACAUGCUGGAAGUUCGUACACUGAUUUCUCAUCAAAAUUUUGGUUUGUACCCUCCACUGUCGGUUUCGGCUUCAUAUGUCUUACAAAAAGUAAAAAAAGCAGAUUUUCGCACCAAUUCACGUUAUCUUACCUACAUAGUACUGUGUCAGUGCAAGAUACCGGUGGUUCUGUCGGCUAUCCAUGCAUCGACGUUUUUCAUUGAAUCGAUAUAAAUGUGACAGAGAUGUGACUGGUUUCAAAGAUAUAUCAGAUGACGCAAUGUGCAUUCCAAAAUCGAUCACGUAAGUUGAUUAAUUAUCAACAGCAAUAAUGUGCAGCCUAGAAGUCUGUUAUCUUCGCACACAACAUAGUAAUCAAGGUCGGUUUGAGACAAGAGCGUCUCAAGUUACCAACUGAGAGGGGCGCCAGGAACUCCACAACGUAGAGCGACAUUUUAUGUCGCUGUUGGACCUUAGAAAAGUAUCCCGGAUUCCAAUAAAUAUAUGGUAACGCAGAUAACGGUGUCGGUAAUCGAUAUUAAAAAGACACCUUUCAGUUGCUCACAAGCUAUUUACUAUUCCACCGCUGUACACGACUGGCCCAUUAUCAGGACGACUGCCACUAAUCACAUCAAAGUUGGCUUCACGUAUACUGCUCAGCAAGCGCCAACGUUUCUUUAAUGAAGGAGGAAGUUUGCUGCAAAAAUGUGACAACGUAAAUACUUGAUAUCUCUUUUGAAUCAAAUAACAGCAUCAAUUAAAAUUAUAUUUUCAAGCACCACGAGUGGUCUCAGCCACCUAAACCAUUUUCAAGGGGUUAUGAGCCUAGUGCUGAGUCUAUCUGUGAAGCUCCACUACGCUGUACCCAUAAUCUCUCGAGAAUGGCCUUGGCAGCUGAAACUGGUAGUAGUUUGGCAACAAAACUGAUGCUGUAACUACCACACUGGCGGCCCAUAACCAACAUGUUCAAAUUGCUGGGAAAAAAAAUGCUUUCGUACUAAAAGCGUGAGGUAGAAGCAACAGCUCACGCUAGCUACGGUAGAAAACCGAUUGUUGCGUUCUGAUACUCAGUGUAGGACGUUUCUAAGCUUCUCGCUUAAAGGUGUUAUUUAAAAAACGUUUGUCAGUAUAUGAGAACUGCGGACUACCAGCCAUCCAGAAUGUUCAGAUCUCAAUGUACUUUACAACGGAGUAAAUUAUCAUGUCUUUUAUGCGUAAUGCAAUACAAUUUUUCCUUGACAAUAUAAUUUUUCAGUAUUUUUAUGCUUUAAGCAUUCUGGCAACUUUAACACAGGGUCAAUACUACACACCCACUAAUGGAAAGCAAAAGUGGCUGCACCGUGACACAAAGCAAUUUCGUAUGAGCCAUUUGUAAUCUCAGUUAUGUAAAGAACUUUUAGUGUUAAAUUUCGUUCCUCUAAAUGUUAUUGAGCGGUACAUAAAAUUAGCGUUAGCUGUUCUCUUACAAUAACAUCGAUGGGCUCCACUAGAAUAGCUUACUUUCUUGUAGCUGCCAUGAUAAUCUGAUACGCGUCUUGAUGUAAACACAGCCAUGUUAUACAAUUUUUGCAAGACGCUUCACUGAGUGUUCGGGCAACGAUUUCCAGCUUAGUGUAUAAGGUGUCUUUCAGAUAACUGAUUAAGACAUACUUAAUCCUCCUGAUCUCCAUAUUUUGUAACUAUUAAGCUGACUACAAGUUUUCUUAACUAAUACCGUACCAGUGGCAAACAACUAUUGAAAUUUGUAAAAGAAUGUUAUGAACCUUACCAAAGAUUAUUGCAAUUAAAGAAUUAAUGUGAGAUGUAUGGAAGAACUCGCAUGUUCAUAAUAAUAAAACUUUUGCUUACAAAUUAUCGAAUGUUACAAAAUAAAGGAUGAAGAACUUUAUUAGAAGUAUGCAACAGU